AUGGAGACAUGCCAGUACGUCACCCGUACGGAACGCGGAGUGCGAAAGCAUGGCCGGGAACAGCACGGGUGGGUGUUUGAACGCAAGAAGAGGGUGAAUAUAGCACAGCAAGCCAAACAGGCGCGGGAUAACCCGUGGACAACAGGUGUUCAAUGCCAGCGGUUUUUUAGGUCGCACGUGGCCAGUGGGUGGUUUGAGGUUGGCCGAGCCAGCCAGAAACCAGAAAGACAACCAACAGAAGCCGAGGACAUUGUUGAGCGAAUCUAG